CACUACAGGAAGUGGCACAUUUGUCAACAUUCAUACGAACUUUUCACGAUGACACGCACUUUGUGUUUGGUUUUGCUAAUACUUCAGUUUGAAGUUGGACAAAGCUCUCAUAAACAUCUGCAUGAAGAUCAUUAUGUCGGCCAGCAGCACAACCCUGAUCAUGAUAUUGCUGUUCUCCUGGGAGAGAAGAGCACCGAGGAGAUAAACAAGCUUGGCCUAACAGAGCAGAAGAAGAUGAUGAUGGAUAUUUUUAAAAAGAUUGAUACAACUGGUGACAAUCUUCUAAGUCCAGAGGAAAUCACUCUGUGGAUUCAGCAUGUCUACAGAAAUUAUGCUCUGGAAGAUGCAGAGGAGCGGUUCCCGGAGUUUGACGUUAACAAAGAUGGUAUUGUAACCUGGGAGGAGUAUAACUCUGUUGCUCAUGACCAGCUUUUAAAUUUUGAUGACAACGUUGUUCUGGAGGAUCCUGAGCAAGAGUCUCUUAGACAUCUCCUCUUAAAGGAGAAGAGGCGUUUUUACUUCGCUGACAUGGAUGGGACUCCUGGUCUAAACGUAACAGAGUUUCUUGCCUUCACACACCCAUCUGAAGUGGAUUACAUGGCUGACUUUGCCAUUGAAGAUGUAUUGAGUGAAUAUGAUACAAAUAAAGAUGAAUUCAUCACUCUAAGUGAGUUUAUUGGAGAUGCUCGUAGUGAAGGUGACACACCAUCACAAUGGGAGAUUGAAGAAACGGUGCGAUUUAAAGAGCUGUAUGACCAAGAUGGGGAUGGAAGACUGAAUCGAGACGAGCAGCUGCGCUGGGUUGCACCUAACAGCUACGGUUCAGCGAGAGAGGAAGCUCUUCACCUCAUAAAGGAAAUGGACCUUGAUGGGGACGAACGGAUUUCACUGGCAGAAGUUUUAAAAAACCAAGAGAUGUUCAUGAACAGUGAAGUGACGGACUAUGGCAGACAGCUGCAUGUGUCACAUGAUGAACUAUAACCUUGUUUUUCAUCUUUUAUAGAAACACUGUUUUUAACUAAAUCAAAAUUUUAGUUUUUUUGACUGAUUAUGUAUUUUGUGCAACUGUGGAAACAUAAACUUAUAUUACAGCAGAUGUUUUAUGUAACAAGUGACAAAAAUGACGUGUCCUAAUAAUGUAAUAAUGUGAUGUUACAAACAAAAGUGCUUUAAAAUGAGUCACCUCCAAAUCAACCAACACAAAAUGUACAAACUGCUGUUCUUUCCAGUUGAAUUGACACAUUUGAUCGGAAAUCCCUGUUUUUGUAUCAUCCUCUUUGUAAAAUAAGGAGGAACUCAUUAACAACUUUUAAUGAUUUAUCAAAUAAACAAUUGAUCAAAACACA